CCCAACAUCCACCCAGGAUGGGAUAUAAAAGCCCCACGGGGCGAAGAGGCCUCUAAACUACAGAAACUUCAUCUCUCCAUCCAACCAAAAAGGACAUCCAACAGCACCAUGCCUUACAACUCCUGCUGCCGGGCCUGCUGCAGUGUCCCCACGGGGCCAGCCACCACCAUCUGCUCUUCCGACAAGUGCUGCCGCUGCGGGGUCUGCCUGCCCAGCACUUGCCCUCACACUACUUGGCUCCUGGAGCCCACCUGUUACGACACCACGCCACCCCCUUGCCACGUCCCUCAGCCCUGUGUGCCCACCUGCUUCCUCCUCAAUAACUGCCUGCCCACCCCGGGCGUGGAGAGCAUCCCGCUGACCACGUGGGUCCAGCCUUGCCCUGGCGAACCCUGCCAGCCGAGCUGCUGCUGA